UGCUGAUCUCAGCUAGUCUGACAGUCUCCCUCUCCCUCCUCUCUCUUUCUGUCUCUUCCUCACUGGUCCCUUAAGCCUGCUGCAUCACAGGAGCUAUCCAGUGCUGAACAGGAUCGCUUUUCUUUUUUAUUUUUUUUAUUUUUCUGGUGGAAGCUGGGGAAACCAGAGAGUAUCACAUAGCAUCGCCGUCCGCCUUGUUCUUCCACUGGUUUCCAUUUUCUUUUUUUGUCUUAUGUUUUUGACCAUUUUACCCACAAGGAUUACUACCAAGUCAGCUCUGCCCGUGUGCUUCCUGAGAGGGUCUCUUAUUUUCCUCUCAUGCGUUUUUCUCAGCACUCUGUGUUCAUCCAUUGAAACAUGCCCCGCUCAUUUUUGGUGAAGAAGAUCAAGCUUGAUGAUUUUUCUUCAUCCAAUGUGGCCACCUCCAACCAUCAUCACCACCUGGAGGACUCCUUCACUUUUGCACGCUCCAUCACAGACUCGGUGACCAGCCUUGGGGUUCGUCUGAGUGAAAAUGGAUAUAUCCAGGAUUACAUCACGCCAUCUGUAUUCCAGGGGGAGAAGAAGAUGGAACAUAAGUUGACUUCUCCAGUGUCAGACCCCCUGUACACCCAGGUGAGCAGUGGAGGCGAGUACUGCGACCCCGACCUGAAACACCCCGACAGCCCCCAGUCUGGCAUGACAGCAAGCGGCUUCUACACUGGUGAAUCGGAGGCCCUGGCCGAGGGUUACACCAUGGAUGCCUUCUUUAUCUCGGACGGGCGGUCGAGGCGGAAGGGAGAAGGAGAGCAACGUGAAAGUGGCUCAAGAAGCAGCAGCGCCAACGGUGGGGUUCAGGAGAGGGGAGGGGGCAUCCCCCGCCACACCUGCAACGAGUGCGGCAAAACCUACGCCACGUCCUCCAACCUCAGCAGACACAAGCAGACGCACCGCAGCCUGGACAGCAAGAUGGCCCGCAAGUGUCCCACCUGUGGUAAAGUGUAUGUGUCUAUGCCAGCACUUGCCAUGCACAUCCUCACCCACGACCUCAAGCACAAGUGCGACGUGUGCAGCAAAGCUUUCAGCAGGCCGUGGCUGCUGCAAGGGCACAUGCGCUCACACACAGGGGAGAAGCCCUUUGCCUGCGCUCAUUGUGGCAAAGCCUUUGCUGACCGUUCAAACCUCCGCGCCCACAUGCAAACACACUCUGCCUUCAAGCACUACAGAUGCAAGCGCUGCAAUAAGACCUUCGCUCUCAAGUCCUACCUGAACAAGCACUAUGAGUCAGCUUGUUUCAAGGGCUCUGGAGACGAAGAUGACUCUGGAUCAGAAAACUAACCGCGAAGAAGAAGAAGAAGAAGAAGAAGAAAGAAGCUAAAAUUUGAACCCCUGUUGUAGGUUCACAACCAAUAACCCUGUUCACUCUGCCCUCCAUGCCUUUUUUCUUCCCUUUUUUUAGAAAGCAAUAUUUUCACCAGGAAUACGUGAAGAAACUCCUGUGUUUAUGGCAAAGACAAUUUCAAAAGAUGCUGGAUUUUUUUCCCUGCACAGUAGCUAAUCGUCCACAGAAACAUACAAUCAAACAACCUUCCCCAAAAUAGAGACUGUAGAUGAUAGCUGUACACACUUAAGCAACAUGUGGGAACAUGUACACACACACAGACAUGCAUGUACCCACAUGCACACCAUACACACCUACACAAUUAUAUAUGAGGCCUGGCAUGUGAAUUUUUAUCAAUGACUAUAAUGAUAUUGAUAUCAAUAGUAAUAAUAUUUAGAUUCCUGAUAUUUUAUAGGAAAUAGUAAUGAGAAAAAGGAAAAAAAAAAACAUAAAAAAGGACUAAUAAUGUUCUUUUGUUUUUUAGAGACAAAAUGACCUCUUGUAUUUUUAUGCUGCUUUUUAUUUGCUAAGAAUUGAAUUCUUUUGCAACUGCCAACAUGAAGUUUUUAUGAAAAUGUGAACUAUGACAGUAUUUGCAAAAAAGGGAGAUCAUUUAAAAGGUAAAAAGACAAACCCUUUUUUCACACCAAUGUUUCAAUUCAACGGAUGUUAUUUUUCUAUGAUUUUUCUAAAUUUUAUUUUUUUGUGCUUAUUAUCCCUUGUUAAUUGAAAGCAUCUUUGUAACUGUGGGUACUAAAAAAAAAGCUAAUUUUAAAUAAGCUAUAAAUACCACAAGUCGUUCAGUUCAGUUCUGUAAGAGCAGUGAUUUGAAAACGCUGACCUGUUGAACAGGUCGUCGCCAACGCCGUCUGAUCAAUUACAAAGUCUCACCCUGAUGUACAGACCUGGACAAGAGCAGUGAAAGCCAGACCAAAUGAUCUAAUAUUAAGUGCCAUGUGCGGUUGACUCGUCUAUAGCAAUGCUAACUUGUUGUUCUUCCUCCACCGUGGUGGCUUGCAUAAACUCUGCUGCCUUUAUGGGGCAUAGUCCAGUCUUAACAAGCAAUCUUCACCCAGUAUUUGAGGUGCAGCCGCUCCGCCAGUAUUACCUCAGAGUGAAGGUACGGACUCAAACACCCUCAGUUACAAAGUGACGGUUAAAUUUUCGUUUGUCUUUUUUAUAUGUGGCUAAAAGCUCCGCCCAUGGUUUGUUUAGAUGCAUACCAUCUAUUUAUCAUGUAAAUACUUUAUUUAUCUUGCUAUUUAUCUAUUUAUUGAUUGAUUGAUUGAUUUAUUUAUUCACAUUAUUUUUGUGUAUUUAUUGAAGACUCACCAAUUUAUCGUGUAUUUAUUUCUUGUCUAUAAUUUAAGAAAAAAAAGAACAUCCAUUGAUCUUGUAAGAUGCUGCUGAUCUUCAAAGAAAAUGUUUAUAUGCAUGAAACUGUAGACAGUCCAAGGGACUUAGUUUUUAAAGAGGAACAAUGUACAGUACCAGUGCUAGAGGACUUCCAGUGAAUGAAUGCAGAAUGGUUUUUAGUUUUGUGGCAAUAACUUGACUGAUAAAGCAAUUGACAUGUAAAACAAUCACAACUGUUCUGUUUACGAUCUACUUAGGGCAAUAAAAAGAAACAAUGAAAACAAAAGGCGAUAAAACUCCUCAUCUUGCUGUUUCCUAAAAGCCUUUGUCUCCUUUUGACUGGAGAUUUUUAGCUCGAAUGGUCUCUAAAUUUCUGGCAACAAGGUUUUUUUGGGAAAAGUUUCAUCCAGAAAUUUAAAAGUCAAAAGUGUAGCUCCACUUAAGCCACAGAAAGCAAAAAACAAAAAAGGCGAUUAUUAAAUUUCAAGACAAAUUGAAUUUAAAUAACACAUUUUUAAAACUUUUUACAUUUAAAAAAUGAACAAACAGUAAGUAUAACAUUCAGAUACAGUUUAAAUUCUUCAUUUUUUCAAAAUGUUUUGUGUAAUUUAACCAGAUGUUAGAGGUGGCAAAAGGAUGUCUCCAAAAAGCAUAUUUUUAUUUUAACCAUAGCGGUGAAUUACCUCCUAAGAACAAGUUUCCGCAGGGCUAUGUAUAAUAAAACGACGCACAGAGACUCACUUCCAAGUAGGAUUUGGAAGUGCGUCACUGGUCUCCUCCAGUGACCCCCCCUCCCCCCUCCACUGAGUCCACAUCUUGUCCCAACUGCCCCUAAACGGACACAGUGAGCAUGAGAUGUGGUGAAGUGGGAUUGGCGGAGGGUGGCAGAGAGUGGGAGGAUAACAGGUGUUUGUAGACAGACUGCAGAUAGGGAGCGUAAUUGAGUCAGGGAGCGACCUCCAAGGGGAAGGUCAAGCACCAGCAGGCAAAUGCACUGUCAGCGAUUUGCAUAUUCCACCAUCGCAGUAAUGCUUAGUUCGCCCUGACCGAACAUCAGAGACAAAACCUUAGAUGAAUGAAAAAAAAAAGAAAAGACAGAGGAUUGAGGAGCUUCAGCUCUGUUUGUCCGCCUUUUCCUCUGUGCUUCACGACCAUCCAGUCUUGUGCUACAGCUGAAUCACUGCAUGAGAGCAUCCAAACCACCUGCCUCCUUGAUUAUCUUGCAGAACACACAGUCUGGCAGAUUGCAGUUUUCCUAAACAAAUGAUAAAAUCUAUGCUUCCAAAAAAGUUAUUUUGUGAUUUUGCAGUGUGAGAGAAAUACAUAAUCCUCUAAAAAGUUGAGGGCUGGGUCGUUCUAAGACAUCCAAAGGUGCUGCAUUUGCUAAACACAUCCUAACAUGUCCUGUACCUGGCAGCAUUAAAGAUCUUCCACUAGUUUUAGAGACAGAUCCAUAAUUGGACACCCCCAAGAAGCAUCUCCUGUAUUUAGAGGGAGAGAAACAUUGUUCCUCUUUGAUGGUUUUGUAAAUAAAAAAUGUAAAUAUAUCACAGCAAUAAUAUGACAAUGCAUGUAGACCUUGAAUUGCUCUUUUUUCUAUUCAUGUUGUCUUUUUUUCUAUUUAAAAAGAAAAAGACAAAAUACAGGUACCAACUGUAGUCUGGGUGACAAUGUAAAUCAGGGAGUGUCUUGAUUAAGAAGCAAUCUGUUAUGAGUUCAAACUAAAACUUCCAACUCUGUGUACUCUCAAAGAUUUGAUCAUUUCUGUAUAUUUAUUCUGUCCUUCGUAUCCUUUUGAUUUAUGUGCCCGGCUUGGCUGCGCAAUGAAAAAGUGCCAAAAAGUAUGAUUUCCAUGACAAAAGCCUUCAACAUAUGGUUGGCUGCUUGAAACCUUCCAUAUGGUCCUCAAAGGAGGGAAAAAAAACCUGAUUAAGAUUUUUUCACUUUCUUUCUCAUCUUGUCUCUUUCUCUUUUACCUCUCUCUCCUUCUGUUGCAGUCAAACAUGUAGAAACUUAAGCCAUGAUUGCUGAGGGAUGUUUGGUUUUUUUUGCUCUUUCUGCUACAAUUAAUAAUGACAUCAAUAGCAAUUAUAACAUUAAUAAAAACAAUAGCACAAGUAACCUUCAA